ACCAAAAAAAUGGCUCGUAGAACCAAUGUGUCUUGCAGUGGAAUGGUUAGGACCCCUCUAUCCUUAACUAGAAGGUCUCGAGUUUGAGUUCUGAGAAUGAAAAAGAUCCUACCGAGAGCACCGACCUUAGAAAUGGACCACUCAAUACGUGAAUCCAAAUUAGUCAGACUCCAAUAUGGAUACCAGACUCUGCUGGGAAACCAAAAAAUUGCUCGCAGAACCAAUAUGGCUUGCUGUGGAAUGGUUAGGAUUCCUCUAUCCUUAACUAGAAGGAUUCUGGUUUGAGUUCGGAGAAUGAAAAAGAUCCUAAUGAGAGCACCGACCCUAGACAAAUGGACAACGCAAAACGUGUAUCCAGAUUAGCUCCAAUGCGAAUACUAGAUCCGAUGGGAAACCAAAAAGUUGCUUGUAGAACCAAUAUGGCUUGCGGUGGAAUGGUUAAGAUCACUCUAUCCUUAACCAGACUGUAUCCGGUUUGAGUUCUGAGAAUAAUGAAAAAGAUCCUACCGAGAGCACCGACCCUAGAAAUAGGUCCCACAAAACGUGAAUCCAGCUUAGUCAGACUCCAAUAUGGAUAUCACACACCAUGUGCAAUAGUCAACAAAUUCAAGAAAAUUCAUAAAGUCUCUAUCAAGUCCAUUUAGUGUGUACAAGUCAACUUCUCCCCUCUUGUAUUUAAACUCCUCUUAUCACAACUAUUAUUCAUACACCAAAAUAUAUUCACAUUCAUUUAACAAACAGGAUCAAGAAUCAUUACUCUUUCGUUUCGACACAACCAAAAAAAAAAUGGCAAUAUGCGAUAUCUCUAAGACAGAAUCAUCAUCACUAUCCACGCCGCGAAAAGCCAAAAAAAACCUAUUCUCUUUCGCGAAAACUAACUCCUCAGACCUUACACCUCCUCAGAAACCCUCGCAGACAUUCUCCCGGACAAUCAUGGAGGAGAACAUUGACAACGCGAGCGCGAUUAUCAAAAAAUGGGAUCAUAGCGAAUCAUCAUCUGAUAAAUAUUGUUCAUUUUUUCAACAAGAUAGAAAAGAAGCCAAAGAGUACAUCCAAUGUGUCAAUGACUUAAAGAGAGCAAUGCAUUUUCUUGUUACACAACAUUCAACAUGUAACAAACUUGUACUUGCACAAAACCUAAUGCAAAUGGCUAUGCAAAGACUAGAGAAAGAAUUCCAUCAAAUUUUGUCGACGAAAAAGGAGCAUUUAGAUCCCGAAUCAGUAUCAAAGUCAAGUACAUCCUCACACUUAUCGCGGUCCAUCUCAGUUGAUUCGCAAGAAUCAACUGAGUCCGGAAAUGAGAUUCAGGUUACUGAGUUUGAACGUCUUUCUGUUCAAGCUAUGAAUGAUCUCAAAAUGAUCGCGGAAUGUAUGAUUGGUUCUGGCUAUGCAAAAGAGUGUUGGAAGAUGUACAGGACCAUCAGGAAGUCAGUAGUAGACGAAGGGCUGUAUCGUCUUGGCAUUGAAUCGCGUAGUUUAGCUCAACUCAACGCGAUGAAACCUGAUGUUCUUGAAAAUAAUAUCACGGAUUGGAUCAAUGCAGCUAAAGUCGCGAUAAAAACACUCUUCUACGGAGAGAAGUUUCUGUGUGAUCACGUGCUCUCAGCCUCGAAAACAAUGAGAGAUACAUGUUUCAGUGAUCUAGCUAAAGAUGCUGGACUCAAUCUGUUUAAAUUCCCAGAGCUCGUUGCAACAAAGACGAAGAAAUCACAUGGGAAGACCUUCGUGUUAAUGGACUUACACGAAGCAAUCGAGCAACUCUUGCCAGAGAUCGAAUCAAUCUUUUCGUAUGAAUCAGUCUCAGCUGUCAAAGUUAAAGUCCACUCUUCGCUAAAUAAACUUAAAUCCUCUAUUCUGAGUAUGAUCUAUAAUUUCGAGGUGUCAAUACAGAAGAAUUCCUCGAAAACACCAGUUCCUGGUGGGGGAAUUCAUCCGUUAACAACUUCUGUUACGGAUUAUGUAACUUCAUUGGCAAGUUACAACGGAGUACUCUCCGAUAUCAUAUCUGAUUUCGCCUUUGUAUCACCAUCCUCCUCGUAUCCUGAGGCUUACUUCGACAGUCCAUCAAUCAGUCCUACACCAAACAACUCAAAAAACUCAUCAGUAUCUGCUAAACUUGCGUGGAUCAUCCUAGUCCUACUCUGCAAACUCGAUAGCAAAGCAGAACUUUACAACGAUAUCGCCUUAUCCUACCUCUUCCUAGCUAACAAUAUCCAUUUUGUUAUCGAGAGGGUACGUGCAAGUACCCUCAAAGACCUUCUAGGACACGAAUGGACAUCGAGUCUGGAGAGAAAGGUAAAGUUGUAUUCAUCAAAAUACGAAAAUGUAGCAUGGAGUAAAGUGAUUCUUUGUCUGCCUAAAAGCUUAAACCCCGCGAUUUCCCCUGAUACGAUUAAGGAACACUUCAAACGAUUCAAUGAAUCGUUUGAAGAGUCGUAUCAGAGACAGAAAUCCUGGGUGGUACCUGAUGAGAAGCUACGUGAUGAGAUCAAAACAUCGAUAGCAAGAAGAUUGGUGAGUGUUUAUAGGGAUUUUUACGAUUACUAUAUGGUCGUGCUGAGUGGUGAAAAUGAUUUGGAUGUGUUGGUAAGAUAUUCACCUGAUAAUUUUGGGACUUGCUUGACUGAUUUGUUUCAUGAAAAUAAUUUGAGGUGUAGGAGUUUGUUGUCAUCAACAACAUCAUUGCCAAACUCAUGUGUUUGGCGAUGUAUUUCUUGAUUUGUUCAUGGUCAUUGACAAGAAUAAUGUAUACUACCAAGUAGUACUGAGUUACGUUGCUCGGACUUUUCAAAAACGUCUUAACGAACUCAUGUGUUUGGCAAUGUAUUUCUUCAUUUGUUUAAUAAUAUAUACUACAAAUUAAUACUAAGUUAUGUUGCUCGAACUUUUCAAAAAUGUCUUGCCGAACGCAUGUGUUUGGCAAUGUAUUUCUUGAUUUGUUCAUGAUCAUUGACAAGAAUAAUGUGUACUAUAAAGUAGUACUAAGUUA